AUGACAGACGUCGUUGGGCUUGCCAUUGGUAUUGUUGCCCUGGUUGAUACCUGCGUAACAACUUGCGGCCUUGUCUCAAGCGCGAAACACUUUCCGGAGGACUUCGAGGUCCAGCGAGUUGGUUUUCUCUGGGGUGAGAGCCGACUCAGGGACUGGGCCAAGAAAUGGGAGCUUCACCAUUCUGGCAACAUUCGUACUGCUGACCUGCAAUCGGCAAGGCUACUCGUCGAGGAAGCCAAGGUGCAAGCCAUCGAUCUCGAUCUGAUCAAGGCCACCUUAGAGAGCACCGAAAAGCUUCUUGAGAGAUGCAAGGAUUUGCUCGACCGGCACACCCCCCAGCGCUCUGAUCCUACUAGUGCAACCAUUGAUAGGUUUCGGAAAUCAGUCUCCAGCGGGAAGUCUCUGGUCCAGUGGAGCGUAAUUGACGCGACGACUCUCCGUACUCUCACAAACUCGACAUCUGUAGAGAUCCAGCGGCUUACGGCGGCAUCCAGAACCAUGGCAACCCUAGACCAGCUGGGCAUCACACCAAACUACCAAGCUCUCAACGGCUAUCCUGAAAUAAAGCAGCUUUUUUUAAUGCGGAGCGAGCAUAGCCGAAUUGAGACUGUGGGCCGAAGCUGGGCAAGAUCCAAAGACUUGCAGGUCACCAAGUCAGAGUACAAUGUGUGGUACGACUCCGUGACUUCGGGCUCGGCGCGAGGACCCGGCCGUUUCGGUUCGUCCCGGGAUGCCGUGUUGAUCGAGUGGAAAUACUACAUGGGCUCGAAUCAAGAAAACAAGGAACUGGCGCUGUCGAGGACGGAAAGAAUCGCCGAGUUACUAGCUGUGGAAGGGAAGCCUCGGGGUUUCCGCAUCCUGGACUGCGUGGGAUGGUUUCUGGACGAAUCCCAUAGUCGGUGCGGCAUUAUGUUCAGCAUACCACGGCAUAUCGAAAUGAAAGCUCGGGAAGCGGGUGGACGCGUUCGCUGUCUAAGCUUGUCGGACUUGAUAGCCCAACGAACGAAGCCGACCCUGCGGGAACGGUUCCGUCUGGCGUACUUGUUGACUAUGUCUCUUGUCGAGCUCCAUUUAGCCAAGUGGCUGCACAAGAACUUUAGCUCCGACAAUAUCAUCUUCCUCGCGGCUGGCAAGCCAAACGAUUCAGACCUGGCGAACAACCUGGGUGUCGACUUCACCGCACCGUAUGUCGCGUCCUUUGGGUUGGCUCGACCCGAUCAACAUGAUGCCGUUUCUAGUCUUGCUAUGGCUUCCGCUCCUGUCAACAAAGCUUAUCAACACCCAGAUUACUCGCCGAGGACUGUGGACAAUGAGGGUUCCUCUAUCCCCAUGGCACGGUAUCAUAAAGCGUAUGAUUUAUACAGCCUUGGAUGCGUCCUGCUCGAAAUCAGUAUCUGGAAGCCACUUGCGGAACUGGGGUGGGCUGCGUUCACAGAUAAUCCACAAGGGUGGAAAGAUCGGUUGCUAUAUGUGAUCGACAAGAAUGUCGCCUUCCACGCUGGCCCCAUCUAUAAAGAUAUUGUCUUGUCAUGUAUGAACGCGGAGGCAAACCCUAGUCCCCAAGCUGGCGAUGGGGGACCCAUGACUAAUAGUUCAGCUGAGACUUUUGGCUGGGACGUCCUCCGCAAACUUGACCAACUUUCAGUUUAG